AUGCGACCGAUAUGGCUUCUCGCACUGCCGCUAAUCGGGGUCGCUGCCCAGAGCUCCUCGUCGCCAGAGAGUGAGAGUAAAUUCACCAUAAAGCCUCCUCCCGCAUCAUGGGUCACCGGCGAACCAUACACGACCAUAGGCCGAGUCACCCCGACAGGCAGCGUAGCUACAAUUACAACGACCAUCCAGAAGUUCCCAACCGACGUUGCCUUUGUAGCUACCGGCGUCCCAGCCAACCCGCCGGCCCCUGAUCACACCCUGAGCUCCUUCGAGACCCAGCAGUUAUCGAUGGAGUCCCUGGGAAACUACGGCCGCUUACCACGAAUUCUAUUUUAUAUCACGAUCGCAGCCGCGGUCCUCCUACGAACCCAUCUCCCCUGGCUAUACCUCGGUGCUCUCGCCGCAUCCUUGACUUACUCAGGCUCCGCCGCCAUCCACGCCUGCCUCCUCGUAUGGCGCGGCCCCGGCUACGGAGAACUCGAUCUCUUCCCCCUCCUAGGCAUCCUCAGCGCCUCCUGCGUGAUCAUGGUCCCCCUAAUAAACUGGUCAUCAACCAUACGAACAGCCGGCCGUCCUGACCUCCAGCGCCAAAACGGGGACGACAGACCGAAGGAACUAAAAGAGUUCGACGCGGCUUCGAGAAUCAUCCUCAUCUUCUGGAGUUUCCUGGUCACAGUUGGGUUCCUCUGCGUUUUCAUCGCCCUUCAACAGGGAUACCGAUCUAAUAAGGGCAACUGGAUACCCUUCGCCGCCAUUGCGUCUGGGAGUUUCUCGUGCGCGCCUGAGUCGGGCGUGUUGAAUGUUACGGUGGGCCAGCCCCGCGAAAUUGAGGAUUCUGGUCUCACGGUAUUCAACUUCUUGUCUAUUACUAAGGAAUUCCUCGAUGCAAAUAAUUGUCUUUCCCCCUGCUCGAACCCAGCGGGCGGGCCUGCCAUAUUCAGAUCAGUGGACGAGCUCCAACCCCUAACGAUGGUCGAAUUUGGGCAAGUCCUCGGAGGAGACUCAACGACCCGCACUCAGGCGUGGUUGACAAACGUGACCGAUAAAUUCGCAUUCGGAUGGUCGUAUGUCAUUGUCUACGUCCUACUGCAGGGGGCAUGGACUAUCUGCUUCGGGAGGAACAAGCCAUCUGAGACGCGCGCUGUGUUGUACCACUUCUUCACUCGGUUUUCCAUCUCAGGGCGGGCGGAUAGAGAUAAGUUUGGGACUUUCCAGCGCCGAGGAGCUCAAGCUAUUGCACUUUCAGCGUAUCUAUGGUCAGUGUUUGUCGUCGUGGUCGCUGUCCCACUACUCAUCAUCGACGUGGUCCUCAUCGAGCUCUACGUCCGCCGCCUCCCACAAAGCGAGAGCGCCGACCACAUCGGAGCGUGGGCCCCGUACGCAAGCACGGGCUUAGUGUUAUUUGCCGCAGCUCUAGCCAAAUCGUACGAGACUAUCAAAGCUCUCCUCCUGCAAUCAGGAGGGAAUCUACGCAAGAUCUGGCGCAAGAUCUUCCCCAGCAAAACCAAGAGUUCGAAGCUGAAGCACGAUGAAUACGUCGAUGCUCUCCACAAAGCCAAGAAUGUCCUGAAAAUAACUGGGAGCUUCGUCUUUAGACAGGAUGUUCGCGGCGGGGCGAGGAGGGAAUGGACAUCGUUUGUGAAGUUCUGCAAGGAUCCAGAGCAGUCUUAUGAUGAAUUCUUGGAGUCCCGGAAACCGCAGGUGUUGUGUACGUGUCCGAGGGACUAUGAGUGCAAGAAGCAUAAGGAAUGUGUGCAUCGGCUCGUUUGCACGGAUAGAACGCAGUGUGGGGACUGUAAGGCGUGUGGUGAUGAUGGCGGUGCUGAUGCUGGCGCAUGGGCAGAAGAUGAAUGCACCUGCAAGGGACUUAAAGAUCACAUAACUGAAGCGUCGGUAGCGGCGGCCGAAGGGUUAACGCCUGUGGUGGACAUGACGCAGCCUUAUGUGAGGAGUUCUCGCUCGUCGGGGUAUUCUGCUGUGUCGCAGGACUCACGUUUGGCUCCGGACUCGAUUCCACAGCAAGCUUUGGUUCCACAACAGGUUUCUAUACCACAGCAGGCUCCAGUCCCUGUGUCACAACAGACCCCAGCACCACAAGCUUCAGUGCCACAACAAGUUUUUGUGCCUCGACGUGAUUCACUACCAAACCCGGUUUCAGUACCAAAACGCGUUCCGGUGCCACAGCGGGCUUCAAUGGCUUCGAUACCACAACAAGUCGUCAUAGCUCCGGCAGUGGCAGCUCCAGUGCAACAACAAGCCUCGACGUUAACCCCUCCGUUAACUGCGGCUGCAACGGGUAACUGAUAAUUCGAGUCAUUUUGCAUGCCAGACAACAUAGUGGGCGGUAUGGAAGUGGGUAGAAACCUACGUGCAAUGCAGCAUUGUUUAUUGGAAGCUAGCGGGGCUUUUUGAGAAUAUUGAUUGGAUGUUUUGGUUUAUUGCGGCAUUUUGCAGCGGGGCGUUUUUGGAAAGGUUAUAUAUCCCAGCGGAUGUCGCUGUGCUUUAUGUGUUUAGGGUAUUAUGUAGCUGAUUUACGGUGACAUUUAUAUUCAAUCAUACAACUUUUAUGGAUAAU